AUCCGGUCUUGCUCGUGUACAUGGCGUCUCUUGCAGGAGACAGUCGCGGGUUCAUUCUAAAUAAUAUUGACCUUGCGUGAUCUGUUGCAGAUCGCUGAGACCUACUAAGGCGUAUUGCACAAGAUGGCCAUAGCUGUGUACACGAAGUUUCGAAGUAUUGUACUACUGUUAUUAUUCCUCGUCUUAGUUUUUUAUGUCGUGCAGUACAAGAACAACGAACACACUCUCCAAAACGCUGAGUUACAUCUUCUCGUCAACGCUCACAGACCUUAUACUAGUUAUCAGCCGUGCAGCGACAUCACAAAUUGCCCUGAUGUGCGCUACGUGAAGGCUUCACAUGUGCGGGUUUCGCAGCUCAUUCUAACUCGAUUACUGCGCGUGCUAGCUCUACUCUGUGAUAAGCACGGGGUGCGCUAUUUCCUGUUCCACGGCACGCUAUUAGGAGCAGUAAGACAUCAAGGACAUAACCCCUUUGAUAACGACAUCGACUUUGCAAUACCCGAAGAGGACUUCCAUAAGCUGCAGGCAGCCGCUGAAGAGCUACCCGAAGGCAUGUUCUUCCAGACAGAGUCCACGGAUCAGUACUAUAAAAUACCAGCAUAUAGCUUCUUGUCAGCAAAGUUACGCGAUAUGUCGAGUUGUUAUACUUCCUCAAUGUGCAGAGGUAAAUGCCACCAGAACGGACUAAUGGUAGACGUGUCUGUCUUACCUACGAACUCACAGGGGGAUUUCCUGGAUUUCUACAAGGGUUUGAGGAAACAUUUCCUUGGUCUUUUAGUGCACAAGACAACGGACAUUUACCCUAGGAAAAAAAUAGAGUUUGACGGGUUUGAAUUCUAUGUUCCAAGGAACUAUGAUAAAAUGCUCAAACAGUGGUACGGAAAAUCGUACAUGGAACUUCCAUCGCAUGGAAAAUUAUUUAGCGGAAAUACAGCACACAACACAAAAAGCUGCGAAGAAAUAUAACGAUUUUACCGGACCUCUUAUAUCCAUGUUCCUUAAUAUUGGCUUUAUAAAUUCCUGUCUUUUUGUUAUCAUUAAGUAAUGGCUUAAGCCAUGGAAGGAAGGAAGGAAGGAAGGAAGGAAGGAAGGAAGGAAGGAAGGAAGGAAGGAAGGAAGGAAGGA